AUGAGUUCACAGAAGGAAACAUCCGGGCCUGUAGGCGCAGAAACAACGAAUAAUCAAAAUGAUACCAGCACCACAGCUAUUUCAACAGAGAAUGAUUUGAAGGAAAAUCACGUUGAAAAAAAAGAUCCUAAAGCCGCUGGAACAACAGAGUAUUCCUCCAGUACAAACCAAAAUGCGCCCUUACCGUCGUCUCCAACACCGGAUUUAUAUUAUGCUAACGGACAGAGUUAUAUAGACCAACAAACUGCCAUCGCAGCCGAGGCAUAUCAGGCUGCUAUGGCAGGUGGUUAUGAUCCAAGCGAUCCGCAUGCAUUUGCAGCUUAUGGUCAUUAUGGAAUGCACCCAUCAUACUCACAAUAUUAUUCUGCUGACUAUGGAGCCGGGUUUCCAGGGACGCCUCCGCUUCAAGGACAAACAUCGCCUUCGCUAACACCUCAUCAACCUUUGAGUCCUUAUUUUGCUGCGACUAGUCCGCCAAUAGCUUAUUAUCCUACUUCACCCCAAGUCGGACCAACUGCGUUGAUUCAUUCACCUCCGAUGCAUCCAUACUUAUAUUCGCCGCAAUCACCUUAUGGAAUGCUCCAUACACUUUCACCCACGCUUUCUCAUACUUCUUCAUCUGCCCCUAACUCCCCUCCUCCACAAUAUUUACCCGGACCGGGUGUUCCAUCACCCAAAGUUGGUCCUCUGAACAACAAUAAUGGUCGUAGCAAUAUUAAUCGUUCUCAACCUCAUUACAAUUAUGGUAGAAGAAAUUCAGGUUCUCAUCAAAUCCCGAACCUUCCCAACUUUAGUAAUCCAACAAAAACAACUAAUAUUUAUAUCCGUGGCCUGCCUCCAACCACAACUGACGAUUCUUUGCAUAAAAUGUGUUCAAUAUAUGGUUCCAUCACGUCUUCAAAAGCGAUUAUAGAUCAAAAACAAGGCGAUUGCAAAGGAUACGGCUUUGUAAUGUAUGAAUCUGAAGAACAGGCGAAACACGCAAUUGAACAAUUAACGCGAUUGGGAUUGCAAGUUUCCUUCGCAAAGGAAUCAUUCAGCACGAAACUAAAGAAUCUGCAGGACUUGGCUUCGACAAAUAUCUAUCUGUCAAAUUUACCUUUGGAUAUGAAUGAACAGCAAUUAGAAGAGAUUUUCAAGCCAUAUAAAGUUGUAUCUAAUAGAAUCCUCAGAGAUAAUGAUGGAACGAGUCGUGGGGUUGGAUUUGCUAGGAUGGAAGAUAGGGAUUCUGCAUUGGCUAUUAUUCAAAAAUUUAAUGGACAUCAGCUUCCCGGGGCAAGUUUGCCUCUCCAAGUACGAUUUGCAGAUUCUUUGGCGCAAAAGAAACUAAAGGGACAAACGGCAAAAAAACGCAUGUGGAGAUCCCGAGAAUUUCCAUUAGGCGGAAGAAUGAUUCCACAAGUGCCCGUCACUCCCGAGCAUAUGUUAGGUAUGGCUCCAGGUUCUCCACCUGGUCCUGGUUAUCUUCAGUACUAUCCAGAUGGGGUUCAAGCUGCGGGUGCAUAUCCUCCAGGAUCGAUCUCUCCUCCUUUUGGUCCUCAAUAUCUUAGAUACUACCAACCAAUUUAUCAAGGACCCGUUGUACAGCACGGAACAGAGGAUCAAAUUGUGACAGCACCAACAGCUAAUCCACCUGAACAUGAUAUAAUUCCUGGCCCUUCCAAUGAAGAUACUGCAGAAGAAUUGAGCGAAUUGAUUCAAAAGAAGCUGACUGUUGAUGGAGGUAACGAAAAAGAUGCCAACACUGAAGGCGAAGAAACUAAAUAA